GAAAAAGGGGGAAUUUUAGAACCUUACCAUGAUUGAAUAAUGACAAUAUUUAGGGGUUUUACAAAUUUUCUGACAUGUCAUCAGAUACAAGUCACAUAAGCAAGUCAUCCUUGUCUUGUGCAAAGUCAUUUCUCUCAAAGAAAAAGUAUGGUCGUUCCUUUGCCAAUUUUUUGCUCUUUUUAAAACUUUCACCUCAUAAACAAAGUGAAGUUAUAGAUGACUUUAUACAUUGUAUGACAGAAUGGACAAAUCAAUUGAUUUCAGAAGAAAGAAUUGAUGAUCUGUUUAAAUGUUAUGACCAGGCAUGUGAAAUCCUCCCAGAUUGUGAAUCUAUUCUAAAUAAUAUUGGAGCUCAGCUGUUUAGACUUGGUUACAUUGAAGAAGCAGCCUUGUACAUCAGAAGAUCUAUACAGAUAAAUCCAGAUUACACAGCAGCCAGACAGAAUUUAGAAAAUGUCUGCAGUCAUCUGGUUGAACGCUGGCAUUUCCGAAUGUUGAAUGAUGUGAGACGUAAUUGUGCCUACCGUAUUGCAAUACGUAGAGCAGCACAAAGAGGUCAUAGAUCAGUGUUAGAUAUAGGCUCUGGAACAGGAAUCUUAAGUUUAUUUGCCAUGAAGGCAGGUAUACCAGAAAUACAUGCAUGUGAGAAGUCCAAAACUAUGUGCGAGAUUGCCAAUGAUGUCUUCCAAGCCAACAAAGCUCAAGAUACAAUUGAUUUGAUCUGUAAAACAUCUACAGACAUCCUGAUUCCAGAGGACAUUCCUGACAGAAUAUCAUUGGUAGUGACAGAGACAUUUGAUGCAGCUUUGUUUGGAGAGAACAUUGUCAGUACAGUCCAGCAUGCUCUACAGAACUUAAUGAUUCCAGUUGACGAUGACAAGGAUGAGUUGAACCCUACAGUUAUACCAUGUGGAGCUACAAUAUAUGUAUGUCCAAUAGAAUGUGAAACAAUUAGGAACAAAAAUAGGUUUUUAUUCUCAGGUUUACAGAAUGUUGACAUUGCAUACAUUCCUAUACACUGUACAACAGGGUCAAAGGUCGAUCCAUACACUACAGAAAAUCUGUCAACAUUACGAGGGAGUUAUAAACCUUUAGCUGACCCAGUCAUUCUUACCAAGGUCAAUUUUACAAGUUUAGAGGAGUUAGACAUUUUAUGUUGUGGAAUACAGUGGAAUGCUGAUGUCUCAGUGACAAAGUGUGGUAAGCUGGACGCCAUUGCUCUGUGGUUUGACCUUCACCUUGAUGAGGACAUCUCAAUAUCAACAGAUCCAACCAAUAAAAACUGCUGGGAACAAGCUAUUUAUCCUGUGCUGCCCUCUAACUUCUGUUAUUUUCAGAAUGGGCAAGUGCAGAAUAAUUACCAAAUCCGUAGUGGAAGCAAGCUUCAUUUGUGUUUCAAUCUAGAUGGAAACUACCUGCAUUUAAAUUCUUGUCAAGUGAAAGACUCUGAUACAAUGAGUUGUGAUGUAGAAAUGGCGGAAAACUUUGUCUUGCAGAACUACCAUGAUCCCGUUUUACUAGAAAGAACAGAAAUCUCUAAAUUAAACAAUCUGGACAUAAACAGAAUCUAUUGCCAGGCGAUUGAAAAAUAUGUGAUAAAAGGCGAAAGUGAAAAUGUUUCUGUUUUAGACAUGUGCUUAGAACUUUCUCUUUUGACAAUUCAACUUUUAAAACAGGGAAUAUCCCAUGCUACUCUGUUGGCAAGAAAGGAAGUUCAUAAUGAUAUAAUUAGAAUAGCCAUGAACAAUGACCUUGACUUAAGUUGUCUAUUUAUAGAAGAUAAUGUUAGAAGUGUGUCUAAUUUGCAUAAUUUGUUGGUGUGUGAUAUAAUAGACACAUGUGGAGCUUUGAGACAACAGAUUCUGGAAGAUAUAGCUUUGCUCAGGGUGACCAGCUUAACCAAAGAAGGAAGAGUUAUGCCUGGGAGAGUAACUAUACAUGGAGUUUGUGUUGAGUCUGUAGAUUUACAGAGAGACAGUGCUGUCAUUAAUGAUGAAGUCACACUGGGAUUCACUGUUGCGAAAUUUAUGAAUGAUUUUCAGAUGACAACCCAUGUUGAUAUUGAUCUGUUAGAGUUAUCCCACAGAAAACUAUCAUCCCCUUUUGAACUUUUAACCUUUGACCUCAAUGAAGAGAUUUCAGAACAUCAUCCACCAUCUUUUUUAAAGAUUGAAAAUAAGGUGAAUGUCGUUUCUGAGGAAACAGGUCAGGUGACUGCUGUUGUGUAUUGGUUUGAAUUUGAACUGUAUGAUGGGAUACAUUUUACUACAUUAGAUACAGUCUCCCAUUGGAAACAGGCAGCCAUUAUGAUGAAACCAGCAGAGGAACCAGUUCUAGCUGGUCAGGAACUUACUUUACAUGUGACAUUAGAAAAUAGUUGUUUGAGUAUAAAAAUGGAGUCAUGUGUUUAAAUUAAAUUUUUAGAAAAGUU